AUGGCACUGGGACCUACUUUAUGGGCCGAUUACUGGAAAUCUCAGCCAAAAAAAUUCUGCGAUUACUGCAAGUGCUGGAUAGCAGACAACAGACCUAGCAUUGAGUUUCAUGAAAGAGGAAAGAAUCAUAAAGAAAAUGUGGCAAAAAGAAUUAGUGAGAUUAAAAAGAAAAGCUUGGAAAAAGCAAAAGAAGAAGAAAACAUGUCAAAAGAAUUUGCAGCAAUGGAGGAGGCUGCAAUGAAAGCAUAUCAAGAGGAUUUGAAAAGGCUUGGAAUUAAGCCAGAUGAUGUAGGUUCCAGUUCAACACAGAGUAAAACACAGAGUAACACAGUGGAAACUAAAGAAAAGAAAGAGAAGAAGGAGAAGAAAGAAAAGAAGGAAAAGAAAGAAAAGAAAAAAAAGACGGAGUGGGUGCAAGGAUUUUCUCCUGAAGGCUACACAUAUUACUACAACACGAAAACAGGAGAAUCACAGUGGGAGAAACCUAAGGGAUUUCAAGGCAACUCUCAAAACUCACAAACGGGAGCAGAGUGGGUAGAAGGUACCACUGAAGAUGGUCAUACCUAUUACUAUAACACACAGACAGGAGUAUCCACAUGGGAGAAGCCGGCUGGUUUUGUUUCAUCUUCAAAUGAGAAGAGUCAACGUGGCAGGCGUUCUGAAGAGCUUGCAGAAACAGAUUCCAAAGCGUCUGAAUCAGACUCAGAAGACAGUGACAAUAAAGCAGAGAGUUCAGAAACAGGUUUGAAGAGGAAAAGAAAUAAUGGUGAAGACUCAGAGGGAGGGAAAAAAUCGCCCAAAGCUAAAAAGCAAAGUCCUUAUGGGAAAUGGCGGGAAGUGAAGUCAGAAGAAACUGCUGAGAAAGGGAAGAGUCCAUCAGCUUCCCAGGAAGGCUCUGGUGAUGCACCUAACAAGACCAAGCCUUCUGGAAAAUGGAUAGCAAUUACAGAAAAAAGAGAAGAGGAAGAAGAAGAAGAAGAAGGUGAAAAAGUGGACGACCUGGAGCUUCCUAGUACAGAGAGUGACAAUCUACUGCCUCCAGUGCUGGAUACUCCAGAAGAGGAGACGGUGAUAUUUAAAGAGAAGACAGUCACCUCCCUCGGAGACCUGACCGAAGGGGUGACAACAUUUAAAAAGAGGAAAUUUGAAAAUGGAAAAUCUCGAAACUUAAGACAAAGACUAAGUGAUCAGUAA